CCUGGACAAUACCACUUUUGGCAUCAUUCACUAUGCUUGGACUUUCUCAAUCGUUUGAAAUUGUUUGCUUCGGAUUUUUCCUUCUGGGCUUCAUGUUUGGUGUAAAAGACAGUGCAACGUCGAUUUACGUUAGUGAAAUUAGCGAAACAUCUUUUCGAGGUACAUUGAUGGCGUUGGCACCACUUUCGCAUGGUCUUGGUAAUGUGCUUGUAUAUUUAAUGGGAACGUUUCUAUCUUGGCAUCGUGUUGCGUUGAUUUGUGCAGCUGUUCCCGUUUUGACGAUGAUCGCCAUAAGUCUUGUUCCCGAAUCUCCGAAUUGGUUGCUGUCAAAAGAUCGUCCAAAAGAAGCUCUAAAAGCAAUGCAGUGGCUGAGAGGGUGGGUGUCUCCACAAGCGGUUCAAGAGGAAUUUUCAAAAUUACAAAAUUAUAGCGAUCAAUCCACCGCAUGUAUUUUGUGUACCAAACAGUCGCUCAAAUGUUAUCAUCCAAAAUCGACACUCUCGGACAAAGUCAAAGAAUUGACGCGAAAACGAAACAUAAAACCAUUCAUCCUAGUUUUCUUUUUAGAUUUAUUCAUGGAACUAUCUAAUGCAAAGGUUUGGAGACCGUACAUAAUUCAAGUACUGAAAGCAUACGGAAUGCCAGUUGGUGCCAAUGUGAUGACUGUUAUUUUGAGUGUAUUGACUUUUUUGGCUCAAAUUAGUUUCAUGUUAACCGUCAAACGGGUGGGAAAACGACGUAUUUAUCUCACCACAACGUUCGUCGUGAUGCUCAGCUCAAUGGGAUUAUAUAUUUAUGGUUUAAUUUUCUUUCCAUCGAAUUGGACGUCGUUUAAUCACUCAAAUUCACCCGAAGAUUUUGAAGCGAUUCGACAAAGCGUUGGCAAUUUUGGCUAUUUCGCAUUGGCCUUUCUAUUGGUCAUGCAAUUCUUCAAUAACAUGGCACUUGCUAAUGUGCCCCAUGUGGUCUUAGGCGAACUUUUUCCAUUCAAAUUACGGUCAUUUUUGUGCGGUUUAGCUAUUGCUUUAAGAUUUCUUAUUGCGUCAUUUGCAACUAAAACGUACUACGACAUUGAAAUGUGGUUUUCAUUGAAUGGGGCUACUUUGUUUUAUGGACUCACCACUUUAAUUGGAUUGAUUACAAUGUACUUCAUUUUACCCGAAACGGAGAAUCGAUCAUUGGAAGACAUUGAAUUGCAUUAUUCAGACAAUUCAAAGGGAAUUGCUGAUAUCAACAUUCGCAUCAGCAGCAAAAAUAUAAAUACAACUGAAGAAUUAUAGAAUGAAUUAGCAAGAAA